GCCUCCCAUCUUGGGGGUUUAAGGCCCGCCCUUUGGGGGCGGCUGCCUCAGCCAUCUAGGACCUGCUUAGCACUCCCUAAGUCUGAGACCUGCAGAGGAACUAGCAGCCCGGGCACUGCAGAGGAGCUCACAGCCCAGAACCUGUAGAGAAGUAAGACUCGGAUCUGAUCUGCUUCACAUGCUGUUAGGCUGAGUGUGUUCCAAGAGAAGGUGGAGGGAAGGAGAAGGACCUGAGAGCAUCAGAGAAAGCUGUCUCGGAAACUGAACCCUUCAAAUUGUGGGUACUGGGACCCUGCCUCCCUGAGACUCUUUCCUGAUUGAAACAUCUCCCCAGUCCCGUGACAGCUACUGUGAGCCUUGGUCUCUAUUCACUUCUGAACCCCACCUCCCAGAGAACAUCAUCUCCAAUAAUCACAACCAGCUUUUUCCCUUGGUGGAGUGACUAUCUCCCACAAUAGAGAGGCAGAAAGCAAGACUUGCGUUAUCAGCCUCCAUGUACUCAGAGAUCCAGAGGGAGCGGGCUGACAUCGAGGGACUCAUGGCCCGGCCAGAGUACAGAGAGUGGAAUUCAGAGCUCAUCAAACCCAAGAAGCUGCUGAACCCUGUGAAGGCUUCUCGGAGCCAUCAGGAGCUGCACCGUGAGCUGCUUAUGAACCACAAAAGGGGCUUGGGUAUGGACAGCAAGCCUGAGCUGCAGCGAGUCCUGGAGCACCGUCGCAGGAAUCAGCUGAUCAAAAAGAAGGAGGAGGAGCUGGAGGCCAAGCGGAUGCAGUGCCCCUUCAAGCAGGAGCUGCUGAGGCGGCAGCAGAGACUGAACCAGCUGGAAAACCCACCACAGAGAGACGAGGACCACGCCCCUGAGUUCAUCAAAGUCCGGGAAAACCUACGCAGAAUCACCACACUGACCAGCGAGGAAAGAGCACUGUAGAGCUCCCUCCAUCCAGCUCCUGCCACUUACUCUGGCCCAGCCCUCCUCCAGCCAGUCUGAACCUGAGGACCCUAGCCCACAAUGCUGCCAGCAAGGCACACCUGAGAGGCCAGCUAUUCCUGGGAAGCUGGAGACACACACACACACACACACACACACACACACACCCCACAGAAAGGUCUCUGGACUUUUCUUUCUGAGCACCUAGCCUUCUUGCACCAGAGAGGAAGCCACUGCCAGGAAAGACCUCCAGAGGUGCCAUCCCUGCUCUGACUCACUGAUAUUUCCCUAGCAGAAGUGAGGAAGAGGGCCAGGUGUCCCUCCAUUCUGCCUCAGUUGCCCAAUAAGGCCUAUUUCUUGGAGCAGCUCAGCUCCUAGUGUUGGGAACAGCUCAACUCUGGCUUAGCCUGAGGCCAAGGACACCUGUUUUAGAAAUCACAGGCAAGCAAAGAAAGCACCAGAUGUUUGUAGCAAGGAAGGGCAUGGGAGGCGACAGCAGACUGUGGUCAGGUGGGAAGGGACCCAAGCAAAGCAGCUUUAGGUCUUGCCAGCUUGCCUCAGAGUUUGGCUUUAAUUGCUCCUCCCUACUGCCCUCCCUAAAUUAUUAACCACACCUCACCUCAGAGCUCUGGCUUCCAGCCUAGAACAGCACAUUGCCAAGUUUACUGUAUGCACAAAUCAGAGAAUCUUGUGAACAGUCCCUGGAAGCUACGUGUCUAACACACUCCCGGAGGUGGUCCUGGACAUGGGUUUGAACAUAUAGCUAGGCUGACGCACCCAAGAGUGGUAUAUUAAAAAUAGCCAACUCUCUUGGCUCCCUGGCCUGGAGGUUCCCAGUGCCUCCUCUGAAGCCCCCAAAUUCUUCAUUCACUAUCCAUAGUGUUCCCACCACACACACACACACACACACACACACACACACACACACACACACAGAGAGAGAGAGAGAGAGAGAGAGAGAGAGAGAGAGAGAAUUCCUUGGCCUGGUCAGGGGAUUAUAACUGCCAAUCAUUAUUUCUUACUGGUAUAAAAACACUAUCAUGCAAUUCUAGCCAAAAAGAAGGGGGAAAGAACCUUAGCUUUCUACAGCUUUUUGGAAAGCAACUAUAUAAUGAUUUCCUAUGGAACAAUAUAUAUGCUAUUUUGAAGACCCCACUGCCAUGGUGAUGGAAUAAACUCUUAGGUCAAUAUUGCCAGCACUGUUACCUGAGACCCUGCCCCUCCUUCCCCCCAGUCUGGGUCUUCCCCACCCAUUCUUCUUCCUCAAAAGCCCCUUCCUCCCUCUGUUACACACGAAUUACUUGAAUCUUUUGCUCCUAUGCCAUUUUUGAAGAUCUACAGAGUAAGCCAGGCCAGAAUUCUUUCCCCUGAAGAAUGAAAUCCAUAAUUCACCUUUGCAGGUGGGAAGAGCACUUCCAGACAAGCAGAAGUUCUCACUCCCCAGAGCACAGAUUUCCCUGCUGGGGCGCCAGUGGCUCUGCCUGCUGGAAAUGAUGGUGAUGGCCAGCAGGGUCUGACAGUGAAUGGAGAUUCUAUCUCUUCCUUAUGGAUAUUGCCUGCAUAGAUGUGUAACACACACACACAUCCUCUGUGUGUGUGUGUGUGUGUGUGUGUGUGUGUGUGUUCUAACUCUAAUGUUCUAAAGCACUGCUUCUCAACUUUCCUAAUGCUGUAACCCUUUAACAUAGAUUCUCAUGUUGUGGUAACCCCCUCAACCAUAAAUUAUUUUCAUUGCUUUUUCAUGACCAAUUUUACUACUAUUAAACAUCAUAAUGUAAAUAUCUGAUAUGCAGGAUAUCUGAUGUGUGGUCCCCCACCCCCAUGAAGGGGUCACAACCCACAGGUUGAGAAACACUGGUUUAAAUACAGUGAACCUGUCUUAAGUAUCUGCUGGUGAGGUUUUAUGCUGAAGAUGUGUUUCCUAAAUAAAGAAAGGGUUGGGGGUUGUCACCUUAAAGGUACAUGUGCUGUUCUGAUAUGUAAUGAGGAGCAGGACAGGACAUCUGGGAUAGAUAGGACCACCCAAGGGACUUAGCAGUCCCUAGGGAAAUGGCAAAUCAUGGAGAGACCUCAAGUCAGGUCAUCCAGAGGAACCAUAGUAGCUACCUUGAUACUCUGUGACUCGGUUAGUCCCAAUUUAGUUUCUCUCGCUGCUUCCCACCAGAGAUUAUAAACCUAGCCUCCUCUGCACGUUUGGGUGAGCAUGUGAUCAGGUAUGGCCAAUGAAAUUGAAGUGGAAGUCUACAGGAGCUACUAGAAAAGCCCAUGCCUUUUCUGAGAGCCUUGCUUUGCUUCUUCCUUCUUGAUUGAGGAUGCAAUGCCUGGACCAUUAGCAACCAUGUUUUACCUAAAGAAAAGGCCAAAAGAUCCAUAAACCCCAUGAUCAUCUAACCAAGCAAGUGCCAACAACUCUCCAUCUCCAGACUCCUUGUAAAUAAAAAUAAAUUCCUGUUUGGUAAA